AUGGCCAAGUUACCCGACCUACCUCCAAACUAUGCGAAAGCCUUGGAGCUGAUCGAUGCAGCUCACGCCCUCGAUCCUCGCCAAGCCGCAGACACAAGUCCCUUCGAGCUUCAUUAUGCCAAACACAUGACUCAAUGGCUCACCUUGAGAUGUCCUGAUGCCUCACCAGCGCUUCAACUCGCCUGUCGAGCGCAACACUUCCGACGGGCCGGCUAUCUCACCUGGCGCGCCAAGCUUAAAUCGCUCGCCGCUACCCAAGUCGCCGAGCUCCUGGCCUCUCCGGAAAUCGAGCCGCCGAUCCCCGCGGACGACGUUUCCCGUAUCGCGGGGCUCAUUCGCAAGGAAAAUUUGACGACGAACGAGGAGACGCAAGUGCUCGAGGACGUGGCGUGCCUGGUGUUCCUGGACGAUCAGUUUGACGAAUUUGAGAAGUCGUCCGGAAUUGACGAGGAGAAGAUGGUGGGCAUUCUGAGGAAGACGUGGGGCAAGAUGAGCGACAAGGGAAAGGAAUUGGCUUUGGGGAUGGAGCUCAGCGAUAGAGCGAAGACGCUUAUUGGAAAGGCAUUAGAAUCUUGA